CCUGGGAAAAGAAUGGACCGACUUCGGCGGAGCUUCCGUGACAGCUUCCGGCGGCGGAAAGAUCCCCAUGUCCCGGAAUCGAGUAAACCCCAUCAAUGGCAAGCAGACGAGACGGCUGUUCGCUCGGCUACUUGCGCCUUCCAUGUUAAGUACCUGGGAUGUGUCGAGGUGUUCGAGUCAAGGGGCAUGCAGGUGUGCGAGGAAGCAUUGAAAGUACUUAGAAACUCGAGACGGCGGCCCGUUCGCGCAGUGCUACACGUGUCCGGGGACGGUUUGAGGGUGGUCGAGGACGAGACGAAAGGGCUGAUCGUCGAUCAGACGAUAGAGAAGGUUUCGUUUUGUGCGCCGGACCGAAACCACGAGAAAGGAUUCAGUUACAUUUGCAGAGACGGUACGACCAGACGGUGGAUGUGCCACGGUUUCUUGGCGCUGAAAGAGUCGGGAGAACGUUUGAGUCACGCGGUGGGCUGCGCCUUCGCCGCCUGUUUGGAAAGAAAGCAGAGAAGGGACAAGGAAUGCGGCGUCACGAUGACAUUUGAUUCGAAGACCUCAACCUUCACAAGAAGUGGCAGUUUCAGGCAACCGAGUCUUACCGAACGACUGCAAGAUUCGCGUGAAAGGGCUGUCGAUGUGCCACCGGUGAAGCAAGUCUACAACCCCUUCGCCAUCGAGAGACCUCACGCGACCCCGUCGAUGCUCGAACGGCAAGGUUCCUUCCGUGGUUUCACGCAACUGAAUCAAGCGUCUCCGUUCAAGAGGCAGCUCAGUUUGCGUGUGAACGAUCUUCCUAGCAACCUUGAACGCACACGUAGUCACAGUCUCGAGCCGACGGAUUUAUCGCGAAUGCCGUCUAACAUGUCCCACAUCGUACCCCUGAAGCCACCGGUCAGCCCAAUACCUGAGAUAUCACCCAGUGGCCAGGACAGCGUUUCAGCAAUGUGUCAGCAGAUUUCACGAGGUCUCUCGCUUUUGUCGAGUAACGACGACUUUGGGCCGCUACCUACUCAGAGCACCACAAGCUCCGUUGCGAAACAGCUUUUCAUCAGCACUAGUACCAGUAACAAUCCGUCAGUGACGAACAGUAACUCCCUGGACGAGAUCAAGUUACAAAACGGGUCAAGUUUAAACAAUAAUAACAACAACAACAACAACGAUGACGAGAAGAAUGGGGAUCUUGGUACAUUGAACCACGUCGGGUCCACCUGGCAAGAAUCAUCUCCGUCGCCGGUUCUGGCCUCAAACCACAGGCUCACGCCAAUUCUGAAUAAAACCUCGAACAUCAGUCCCAUUCUUCCAAGAACAAGCACAGGAACGCCCAUCGUGAUGAGCACCCCGGCGCCGUCCAGCACCGUCGGUGUGUUCGGCACACCGCCGUCGGCGAGUCCAGCGUUCAGCACAGCGUCCACAUCCUCUUUAGGGAACCAAUCAACGCCGGCCGUGAACAGAUCACCGAUACCGGCGAUCACCCCGAAGACAACGUCUCCGAGCAACAGCGUCACUUCUGCCUCUCCGGCCCUGUCCGGCAGGCUGGCUAACGAAGUUAGCCAAAUUAAUCAGUCACCGGUGGGAAACGCGGCUUCCACAACUGCGGUCCAACCAGUCUCGACGACAUCUGCAUUACCGAAACCGGAACAAUGGCUGGGCAGCAUAACCGGCACGGUGCCGUCGUCAGUGCAAUCCCCUUCGCAAGUAGGGCAAACGAGUCCCCGACGAGCGCCGCCGUUGCAUGCGAGGGCGCUAUCGCUUGGAUCAGCCGCGAUGGGUCAGCAACCGCCGUCCAGGAGCGGCGGUCCCACCGAUCCUUUCGACGCCGAGUGGGCGGAAAUCGCGGCUAGGAAUCUCCGACAGUCGAGCACCACGAAUCCCUUCAUAAUGCCGAACGCGACGCAGGCGUUCCAGGUGCAAUUAUAGCGUCAGGAGUUCAUCAACAGCGUCGCCAAGUACUUCCGUUCGAGCAGAUCGUAGUGUAAUAAUCGAAAAGCGCGCGUGCGUGCGUCCGUUCGUUCGUUCGUUCGGGCGUAUCGAUCUAUCUCGCGUAUUACAUCGACCUCUCGCGUGACCAGGAAUAUUAUAUGUGCGAGAGUUGUAUAUCAUCAUUCGGAUCGCGAUGGAUUCCUUGGUUGUCGAAUCCCGGAUCCGGGUGAUAUGGUCGUGUCGAGACGAAGGAAGGACGCGUCGCAUCUCGUUGAGAUGUCCAGUAGCAAUGAAGAUGCCGAAUUAGCACAAAAAAAAAAAGAACAAACAAACACGUACCCCUGUAAACAUCCUUUAGACGAGUAGAUUUACGCACAGAAGCAUCAAUUGACCUCGGAUUUCAAUGUAAAAUCCGCGAAGCGAAUUUAGAAAAAGAGUGAAUUUGGAGGGAGGGACCAUGCUCCGUUGGUCAACGUUAUACGGACACGACGACGCACGACGACAAUGUUCGGUCGAAUCGGUGAACGGUUUUAAAGUUAUCCGUAACGCUCUGGUAUAACAUAACCUUAAAUGUCUGUCACGAGAUACAUACAUACGUAUAAACGAGGUGUACAAUAAUCUCUGCUAGUUUAGGCGCUGUCAAAACGGUUACUAUCCCGUCGUUCUGCAUGAUGAAGAAAAAUUAAACACACACGCGCACCCAAAGGAUUAUGCUGCACCACAGUGUUUCGUCGAACAUAUGAAAAAAUCCACAAAAAUGACAAAAACAUGAAAAAAAAAAUAUUGAAGUAAAAGUAAGAGACGUAAGUAGUUUAGUUUCCGGCUACGUGGCGAGAUAUUUUCUUUUUAUCGUUUUUUUUUUUUCGAUCGGCAACAGCCGUGACGAAGGGGCCGUGAAUGAGAAUAUUCUGUCGAUCUUCCUAGAGUAUUAGGAAUUGAUGAGACGGAGGGAGGGAUAGCUAGAGAUUCGGACAUAUAGUUAGCGACGCUGAUGAGCUCGCCUAGAUGGGGUCGCGGAAGGACUGUGAUAGACAUCGAGUCGUGGCUAGUACUUAAAACAUGGCAUCGGGAAUUGAACGGCUGUUGUGUGGGACGUUUUGUUUCGGAUGGACCACGCCUAGAAAACAGGAGGCGUUUAACUGUAACGGUAACGAUUCUAUUGUUUCCUAGCUGACAGAAUAACGACACUAUACCUACCCAAGUUACUUAAGCAAAUUAGAUAUCAAAGUUUUUAGAGCCAGUACCGUUCCACGCUAUUGUUGUC